UAGAGAGAGGACAGAGAGAUUCCCGUGAUACCAGCCAAGGAUGGCAACCACCGCAGCGGCUGCAGUAGCCUCAUCUUUCUCGACAUUCAAAUGCAUAAGCUCCAAGACUUGGCCAACCGAUCAUCUCUUAAUAAAGAUUUCAUGUCCAAAAAUCUCGGUUUCUCACUCUCUUGGGAUUGGGAUUGAAUCCAUUGGUGUGUGCAGCAAGUGGAGGGCCCCGCGUAUAACCGCCGCGGUAGCACAGGAGGAAGCUGCUGAGGUGGCUGCUGCUGAGGUAGAGAGUUCGGGACCAAAUACUAAGCUUUAUUUUGGGAAUUUGCCGUAUCUUUGUGAUAGUGCGCAGCUUGCUGGAAUUAUUCAAGCAUAUGCAAGUCCAGAGCUGGUUGAGGUUCUGUACGACAGGAACACCGGAAGAAGCAGAGGAUUUGCAUUUGUGACCAUGAGCAGCGUGGAAGAAUGCAACUUAGUCAUUGAAAAUCUUGAUGGAAGUGAAUAUGGCGGCAGAACGUUGAGAGUUAAUUUCUCGGACAAGCCUAAACCAAAAGAGCCUCUUUAUCCAGAAACAGAACACAAACUUUUCGUGGGAAACCUGGCAUGGACCGUUACAUCGGAGAGCCUAACACAGGCGUUUCAAGCAUAUGGAGAUCUGGUGGGAGCAAGAGUCCUGUAUGACGGGGAGACAGGGAAGUCCCGUGGCUAUGGAUUCGUGUGCUACGCAACGAGAGCUGAACUCGAAGCUGCAAUUGAAGCCAUGAAUGGAGUGGAACUAGAAGGCCGAGCAAUGCGUGUUAGCCUAGCGCAGGGCAAGACUCAAUAGGGAAGAUAUGCCUACACAAAGAUGCAUUGGAUUUGCUUUAAUUGCUUAACACCAAAUCACAAAAUCAGAGUUGGCAUUUAUGUUCUGGUGAUGAUUUAUAGCCAUUUUUCAUGGCCAUCUCUAAAUAAUGGUAACCCACGAUUGUUAUUUGAGGUGUGCUUUGGGUAAA